AUGAAUUUAUUACCUAUCGUAUUGUCAUUGAUUUUCUUCCAUGGAAAUUCAAUUUCCGGAGCAGAUGAUAAUGAACUCAAAGCAAUCGAUGUUUUAUCAACAAUAAAAACGACGUCACCUGAGUGUGAUCUUCGUGCCUUUGUAAAACAUAAGGACGAUUAUACAGCAUUCAGUGCAGAUUUGAAAACAUACUGUGCAUCCGAUUCGAAGAAAGAAAAUCGAAUUUUAUGUCAUAUGAUUGCUUAUGAACUGAAGAAAGCUUGUCAGUUUGACAAAGAUGGACGUCCAUCACCAGUCAUAUAUUCAAAAAAAUCGACACCAAAAGAAAUAUGUUUUUCAAAAACCAUCCAACUAACCAAUCAAUGGAUAUGGAAUGCCAUCACAAAUAACGGACAAAAACAAAUUGAUGUGACCGUCAAAGAGUUAUGCAACAAGGUGGCUGAUGAUGAAGCGACACGUCAACUAGCAAGAUUUUUCUAUCGAGCAGCACCACAUGUGAGAAAUUUGGAUCUUUCAACAACAUCAAAAGACGGCACAAAAUCCAAUCUAGGCAAACAAACAUUGACUGAAUCGAUUUCCAAGGCUGACGGUGCAACUACUGCAAUUAAAGAUAAAACAAAAACGGGCACUGACGAUGCCAAAGAUGACGCCGAUCAAACGAUUGACAAGGCCAAAACAAAAAACAAUGGAACUGCCAAAACUCUGACACAGAAACUUACUGAUGGUGUUGUGACCGUUAAAAGCAAAUUAGGUGAAGAAGGUCAAGCAGUCAAACAAAAAGUUGAGAAAACUGCCGAGAAUGCAAAGGAAAAAGUUGAGAAAACGGUUUCCGAUGCGAAAGACAAAACUGGCGAUGCUGGAGAACCUGCCAAAGGUAAAACAGACGAUGAUGGUGAAUCUAGAAAAGAGAAAGCUGAUAAAACUGCUGAAAAAUCCAAACAAAAAGUAGAUGAUAAUGACGACGAUGGAAACGAUGCCAAUGACAAAACAAAAACCAAAUCAGACAAUGAUGACAACGAUGAUGCCGAUAAGGAUAAAACUGGCGAUACAAAGAAAAAGGUUGACGAAGACGCAGACAAUAAUAAAGAUAAACUCACUGAUGUUAAAAAGUUGUCGAAAGAUAUCGGAGAUAAAGUUGUUAAUGGAACCAAGACCAUUGUUGGGAAAGGAAAAGAAUUUCUCAAGAAACUUACUAACACAACUGGCACAGGCGCCAAGGCUACUGAUGACCAAGGAAAGGUCUUGGAUUUAAAUCAAGACAAGAAGACCGAUCAAAAUGCUGAUGAAGAAGACGAAGAAGGAGAAAAAAAGGAUGUCGAUGGUAAUGGAGAUGGUAAAGCCAAAGACGAUGGGCAAGCCAAACAAAUUCCCAAGCCAAGCACAACAGACAAGAAAGAUGAUGCCAAAAAUGAUGUUGAAGUUACAGCCAUGCAGAAAGCAGUCGAUCGUACAACGGUAGUUGUAGGAGUACAAAGUUCGAAUAAAACAUUGGAAGUGACCACUCCUAGUCCAAUUAUUGAUUUAAACCCACAGAAAAUAACUGAACCUGAGAAGAAGAAACCAACAGAUGCCGUCAAAGAUGCCGAUGCUGAUCAAGAUGACGACGACAAAGAUGAUUAUACUCAACAUAAAGUCGAUGAUAUGGAUAAAAAAGAUCAACUAGGAAGUAAUGAACCUGUAUCUCAUGAUGAUUAUGAUGCAGCAAACACGCCUGCUGAUCAGAAUCAGCUAGAAAAUGUACCUAACAACAACGAAGACGAAGAAUAUCAAGCUGGAAACAAAGAUGAUGACAACGAUGGCAUCUCAUUACGUAAACCGAAUGCAAAUGAUAAAUACACAGCAAAACCAGUUGCAGCAGAUCCAAACAAAGGAAAAUCACGAGCAAAACCACAAGUUGGACGUAAAUACAGUGACAAUGAUGGUUGGUCUGGAAGUUUCGUUACAUACUUCCUUUUGUUUACUUUAUUCGUCGUUGUUGGUUACUUGGUCUUACAUAAUAAGAAUAAAUUAAAGGCAUAUGCUCUCGAAGGUCGUCGAACAAGCGGCUCACGUACUGGCAGUCGGCCAUCUCAUCGUGGUUAUGAAAAAUUAAAGAAUAUUAAUGAUAUCAUACCAAUUGAUGAUACAAAUCCUGUAUCAGAUAAAGAAGCUGUUAUAUUAAAAGCUUAA